GCUCAGAGCUAACCAUUUUGCAUCCUUAAAAUUAUUUUUCGCAGCGUGAAGUGGAUACGAGUGGUAUUGGCUCUGUUAUGCACUGAUCCUGUAAGUCGUCCAUUGGUCAAAUUGAAUUUCUCCUACCAGAGUUGUCAGUGUUCAGUGAGAAAUGGAAGACCUUGAGGAGUUAAAGUCUGUCUGUAGUGUGGAGUCUAAUGAACUGCCACCAAUGCCGCCAUUGAUGAAGUCAAGGAGGAAUAUGCUUAACCAAAGUUCGAGAGAUCAUGGUCCAUCGUCCGUUCCACCAUCUUCUGAGUCAAACAUUGGCGACCCGAACACAGAGAGAGCGUGGUGCAUGAGUUCUGCUUCACCGGAAAACCGAGAAGACACGAGUAAUAUACCCCCUGAUUAUACCAGUAGCAUAGUUUCUGUUUCUCCUCCGCCAUUGAUAAAAUGGACGAGGAACACAAUUACUUCAGCCAGUGUUUCUAAUCGUAAUCCAGCUCUCGAACAGACUAUUCUAACCGCCGGAAAAAGCGAAAGUAAUGAAGUACGGUCUAGUACAUUGGCUGAAAUUGAGGACGUGGUGAACUGGACUUCAAAGUUCAGCGCGUAUGAAAAACGGGCAUCGCCUGUGAAGCCACCUCUUCAAAUUGAAAUGGACGUCGUAACUCCAGCGAAAGCGUCAUAUACUGGUGUUUCUGCUGGAAGGACACCUGAAACAUGGAAGCAACCUGAUGCAUUUGGCAUACCAGUUGAACACAGCCGUCCAAUCGGACAAAAUGCUUACUCUUCUAAGGUUAUGGCUCAGAAUCAGGAUCAAGACAAGCGUUCUAAGUGUAAGACAUCAAGGAGGUGUCAGUUUUGCCAAAAACAGUUCAAACAAGUUUCUCACCUCCGCGAGCAUAAACGUAUUCAUACAGGAGAUCGACCAUUCGAGUGUGAUGUAUGCGGGAUGUCUUUCACUCAGUCAAGCACUCUAUGUGUCCAUAAACGUACUCAUACUGGAAAUCGACCAUUCAAGUGUAAGACAUGUGGCACGUCGUUCACCCACUCACUCGAUUUACGCAGACAUGAACGUAUCCAUUCAGGAGAAAGACCUUUUACGUGCAAGACAUGUGGAAAGUCAUUCAACUGAUUACACAAUCUACGUACCCAUGAACGUAUACACACAGGAGAACGUCCGUAAAGGUGCGAAGAGUGCGCAAAACGUUUUCCGGUGUGGAUCAUGUCUUCGUGGUUUUCCGGUGUGGAUCAUGUCUUCCUUAACACGAGCGUGUUCAUAACCUAAAAUGAAAACCAUACUUGUCGUUUGAAAGUUUUUUACUGACUGUAAAAAUGCAUUUCUCCUUUUCGUUCUAAUAAAUUCUACGAACAAGUAGGUGAGAGAGAGAGUGAGUGCAUGAGAGUGUAUGUGUAUGUGUGAGAGAGGGAGUGUGCGUGUUUCUUAGAAUUUAGAAAGAGAGAACCAUUUUCAGCAGUUUAAAAAAGUCCAGUUUUUUAACGUAGCCACAAAUGUGAUAUGUUAUGAUUGUGGAGAACCGUAAUGUGAUGUGGAUUAUUUUGUUUUGUAUUUGUGUUCUACUCGUUGGUCUUGUUCUCAUGUAUUAUGUGGAAUUAUUAAUGAACCUACCAAGCCUAGCGUCACGAGGACUGGUAUCGUUUACCAACGGAUCCAGUAUUGAUUGUUCUUAAAUCCUCCCGAAACUUCUACUCAUACCUGAAGAAGAACGGCAUCGAACAUUUAAAUCCUUUCCACCACGGACAGACUACAACGUCAUUCGCUAAUGAUUGGGGCAGAAAAUUCUGAACGGAAUAAACUAACUACUAGUACCUUGAGAAAAGGUAAGGAAUGAUCUUUAGCUAGGGUGGCACUCUUCCAGGUGAAGGAUGUGUUGUAAGGUGUAACACCUUUGAAUGUUUCUACUGAUGCAGGUCAUGUAUUCACUUUCUACCCUUUACUCGCGUGUUGACAAGCUGAUUUGGAAGAAAUAGAGAGUGGUUUUUGAACAGUUGCAUAACGUAGGAGGCUCCUUGUCACAAGCCAAACAGCAAGUGUUUCUACCUCUCGUUUUGAUUCACCAUUCCA